AUGCAUCGCGGGCGCAACCGUUCCCGCAAGACUCAUGACCGCGCUGCUCCUGGCAUCUCCCUCGUUGAUGCAAACGAUGCUGAUGAUGGCCCACCUCCUGCUGCUGCUGCUGCUGCUGCCGCUGGCGCUGGCGGUGGUGGUGGUGGUGGUGGUGGUGCUGGUGGUGGUGCUGGUGGCGGUGGUGGCGAUACCACUGGUGGUGAUGCAAGCACCCCAAGAGCAGGAGGUGGUGCAACUGGUGGGGGUGCAGGAGGAGUGGGUGCGGGAGCAGGGGGAGCGGAAGCAAGAAAUGCGGGAUUGAAAGCAGGUGAUAUGACCCCAUCUAGUCUCAACACCACAGAUCUCAACACUUCCCAGAGAAAUACUCCUUUUCCAGGCAGCGCCACUUACCCUCCCAGUGCCACUUACCCUGCCACUGCAACUUACCCUGGCAGUGCUCCUUAUCCCGGCAGUGCCUCUUACCCUGGCAGUGCCACCCACCCUGCUGCUGCCACGUUCCGCCCAUCUGCGGAGGGAGCAGCAGUUCCAGCGGUGCUGCAUGGGAACGCCCCACCUCCACUCACUCUCCCCCCUCCCGUGCAUGCAGUCGCGAUACCUUCUGCAGGCCAGGGCGGGGUGGGGCAGGGCGGGAUGGGGCAGGGAGGUGUAGGGAAUGGGGGAAUCGUGGCAGGGGCAGAUGGAAUGCAGCAGUCACAAGGAGCUAGUGAAGCAGUGAGAGGAGCACCAGGGGGGAUGCAAGCAGGAGUGCAAGGAGGGGUGCAGCAAGCAGGGACGCAGCAAGGAGGGAUGGGAGGAGCAGCAGCAAUGGGCAUACAACGAGUGGGAGAAGGGUCUCGAAGAGCAGGAGAGGGGUCUUUCCCCAGCCAGGCACCCCUCCGUGCCUCCACGCCCACACACGGCCCCACACCCCUGCGCACGUCAACUCCCAUUGCAUCCACACCCACACACGGCCCUGCAUCCCUCCAUGCUUCCACGCCUGCUCCCUCCCCUCUUCAAGUGCCCAAAGCUGCAGCACCCCCGCCCUCUCCUUCCCUGCAAGUCUCCAGGCACCCACAUGCCUUAUCAUCUCCCUCUGCUUCUCCCGCUCCCUCACCCUCUUUCCACGCGCUCAAGCCAGCUUCCUCGCCUCUCCUCCAGGCGUCUAGGCUCGGAGCAUCCCCAUACCAGCAGCAAUCGGUUCGGCCAGCAGUCUCCCCGUUCCAGCAUCAGGGAGCAAGACCAGAAGGUUCACCUUUCCAGCAGGCAGUAACACCAGCUGCCUCACCUUCCCCGCAAGCACUGUCGCAAGGGCCUUCCCGUUCCUUUCAGCCGGUCAAGCCAGCCGCUUCCCCUUUGCUGCGACCAGUGGUCCCUUCAACGCUGCACGCUCACGCUGCUGCUUCCACUGGCGGGGGCGACGGCAGGACCGCUGACGGUGACGGUGCUGUGAAUGGGGCUGGGCUGCGUGGCAGCAGUGGUACUGCUUCAGAUGGGCGUCGGAGUUACACUGCUGGGGACGAGGGUGGAGCUAGUGCGGGUGCUGGUGCUGGUGGCGGUGCUGUGAAGGGGAUCGGGGCCAGGGGCAGUAGUGGUACUGCGAGUUAUGGCAAUGCCCACAGCAGCACGUAUGGAGCUGCUGUGAGCUCGAGUGUUGGGAGAGCAGAGGGCAGGGACGGUGCGAGAGGUGGGGAGGAGGAGGCAUGCAGGGAGGAGAGAGUGGGAGGUGGAGAGAGGCCGCGUUCAGCUGCUGCUGGUGCUGCUGGUGCUGCUGGUGCUGCUGGUGAAGCAGCUGGGGGGGUGCGGAAGGAGAGAGGAGAGGCUGUAGGAGCGGUGGAGAGUGGCUUAGGCACGGCAAGGCCAUCUCCCAAUUGUGUGCUCCAACCGCCAUUCAGCCAGGCAGAAAGUGGCGGGGGUGACAGCACUCAUGUCAUAAGCCCUUCACCAGGCCCUGUGGUGAUGCAGUCCCAUAGACUUUUGUCACCGCUGCAAGCGGGAGCGCCACAAGCUGCACUCAUACACAGGAGAUAA